AUGUUGGUCCAGUCGGUGGGUGCUGUUGUUGACCCCAAUCCUGACCCCAGCAUCCACACCUUGACCCCACCAUCCACACCUCGACCCCACCAUCCACACCUCGACCCCACCAUCCACACCUCGACCCCAUCAUCCACACCUCGACCCCACCAUCCACACCUCGACCCCCACCAUCCACACCUCGACCCCACCAUCCACACCUCGACCCCAUCAUCCACACCUCGACCCCAACAUCCACACCUCGACCCCAGCAUCCACACCUUGACCCCAUCAUCCACACCUCGACCCCAACAUCCACACCUCGACCCCCAGCAUCCACACCUCGACCCCCAGCAUCCACACCUCGACCCCAGCAUCCACACCUCGACCCCACCAUCCACACCUCGACCCCAGCAUCCACACCUCGACCCCAUCAUCCACACCUCGACCCCAACAUCCACACCUCGACCCCAACAUCCACACCUCGACCCCAACAUCCAUACCUCGAGCCCAUCAUCCACACCUCGACCCCAGCAUCCACACCUUGACCCCAUCAUCCACACCUCGACCCCAUCAUCCACACCUCGACCCCAGCAUCCACACCUCGACCCCAUCAUCCACACCUCGACCCCAACAUCCACACCUCGACCCCAACAUCCACACCUCGACCCCAUCAUCCACACCUCGACCCCACCAUCCACACCUCGACCCCAACAUCCACACCUCGACCCCAACAUCCACACCUCGACCCCAUCAUCCACACCUCGACCCCAACAUCCACACCUCGACACCAACAUCCACACCUCGACCCCACCAUCCACACCUCAACCCCUUCGUCUAACAGGCGAGGAACACAAGAGACUAUGUAACCACCUCAAAACACCUUGUUUUUAG